GCUAUAAAACAUUAGCUCCCCUGGUUUUCACUCUGUAAAAGAGUUGAGUUCAAUUUGAGGAAAAUUGAGCUUGAAUGAAGUGAGAAACCGGUAAACAGUGAAGGUAAUUUAAUCUAAUUUUGAUUUUCUGUCAACAAAAUAUUUAUUUUGAAACGAAUAAGUGUAUGUUUCAGCUUGUUCAAUCUUAAAAAUGUCAACCACCGUAAUUAGCAAUGCGAUGUUGAUGCCAUCAACUGAAUCACAACCAGCAGCAACAAAAUCUAUAACAGAGAUGACCGAAGUAGAAUCCGUUAAGUGCGAUUGUUGCGGAUUGACGGAGGAGUGCACACCAGAGUACAUAGAACGGAUACGAGAACAUUAUCAACAUAAAUGGAUCUGUGGAUUACGUGGAGAGGCGGUUAAGGAUGAGAUCAUUAGGAGCAAACAGUUGAUAACAACCGAAGAAGCGAUGACUCGCCAAGUGUCGUUCUGUAGAUCGCCGAUCUCGCCAGGUCCGCCGCCUGAUCCAACCGCUCAUCUUAUUGCCGCCAUGAGACAGAUUCUCCGGUGGAGUUUGGAUUCUCCGGUGAGGUCGGUGCCGUGUAGUCCGACUACGACGAAGAUUUCUGAUGGAAUUACAAUGCUUACGAGAUCAGAGAGUUGUUUUUCUAAUCCUACACUUGUUGAUCGGAGAGUUUGUCCCGAUAUCAGAGAGUUGUUUUUCUGAUCGGA